GGAAGUGAUUCUCCGGAAGAAGCAUGGUUGCCCCCCAGAUCUGGCCGGGUUUGCACGCUGAGCUGCCGACGCUAUGCAGUCAGAUGAUGUUAUCUGGGACACACUCGGAAACAAGCAAUUUUGUUCCUUCAAAAUAAGAACCAAGACUCAGAGUUUUUGCAGAAAUGAAUACAGCCUGACUGGACUGUGUAAUCGGUCGUCUUGUCCCCUGGCAAACAGUCAGUAUGCCACUAUCAAAGAAGAGAAAGGACAGUGCUACUUGUAUAUGAAGGUUAUAGAACGAGCAGCUUUUCCUAGGCGGCUCUGGGAACGGGUCCGGCUUCAUAAAAACUAUGAGAGAGCACUGGAGCAAAUAGAUGAAAAUCUAAUUUAUUGGCCCCGUUUCAUUCGACACAAGUGUAAGCAGAGAUUCACCAAGAUCACCCAGUACCUAAUUCGAAUUAGAAAACUUACAUUAAAGCGACAGAGGAAGCUUGUUCCCUUGAGUAAGAAGGUGGAGCGGAGGGAAAAAAGAAGAGAGGAAAAGGCAUUAAUAGCUGCUCAGCUGGACAAUGCCAUUGAAAAGGAAUUGCUGGAGCGACUGAAACAAGAUACGUAUGGCGACAUCUACAACUUCCCCAUUCAUGCCUUCGACAAGGCCCUGGAACAGCAGGAGGCAGAGAGUGACUCUUCAGAUGCUGAGGAAAAAGAUGAUGAAGAAGAUGUGGGAAAGAGAGAGUUUGUGGAAGAUGAUGAGGUGGAUGAGAGUGACAUAAGUGAUUUUGAGGAUAUGGAUAAGCUGGAUGCCAGUAGUGAUGAAGAUCAGGAUGAUAAAUCCUCCAGUGAGGAAGAAGAAAAGGCCCUUGAUGCCAAACAUAAAGGCAAAACACCCUUGAAAGGACCUUUGCGGAGGAAACGAGCCUACGUAGAGAUUGAGUAUGAGCAGGAGACAGAGCCUGUGGCCAAGGCCAAAACCACAUGACUUCCCUUCAGAUAUCUGCAACAGGACUGAACAUUUUCAGUAUCCUCCUUUCUUUUACCUUAACCAUGUAUAUACCUCCAGGUUUUGCUCUUUCAUACAGUAUUUCACACAAUA